UGUAGAGUGGGGGACUGCUCUCAUCUAGUACAAUAGCCAACGAGCAAGCAGGCCUGCCUAUUUCUCACCCCUAUACCUUCUACAAUGCCUGUGUUCCUUGAGAACUGACAUGUCCCUGCCUCGGAGAGGGAUGAAGAACGGAGGGGUCUGUUUGUGACUGCGCUAGUGGCAGGCAGAAGGAAUAAGAGUUGGAUCCGGUUAGUACAGCCAGCCAGACCUGCUCCCCCCAAACUUUUUGCAACACUGAGAAUGUGAGGAAACCCUACAGACACCAUUUGGUUCCCAAGACCUGUAUUUACUGACUCUAGACAAAGCUACAAGACCUAGCUAGGAUGUCCAUGAGGAACCCUGUUUCUCCCCACCUGGAACUUGAUGGAGCCGGGAGCAUGGUGAACUGCACCAUCAAGACAGAAGAGAAGACAGACAGCUGCCAUGAGUCCCUCCAGGGAGCACCCACUGGCUCCGAUCCUCACUCCAGCAAUUUGCAUGGAGUGCCGCUGUCUCUGAGAGAGAGUGCUGACCCCCGGACUCUUCCACAGGAAUCCCGGUCUCCUGUGAGCAAUGCUAUAGAUUCCAGGAGGUCUGCGUUUGAGCCUGCUGUCAGCAGCCAGGAAAAAUUAGAUUUCAACAGAAACUUGAAAGAGGUUAUGCCAACCAUUGAGAAGUUACUCUCCAGUGACUGGAAAGAAAGACUUCUGGGUAGAAACACCAUGGAAUCCAAAGAGGUGAAAGGAACCCAGGAGAGCUUAGCGGAGAAGGAGCUUCAGUUGCUUGUCAUGAUCAACCAGCUCUCCACCUUGCGGGACCAGCUUCUGACAGCCCAUUCGGAGCAGAAGAACAUGGCGGCCAUGCUAUUUGAGAAGCAGCAGCAGCAGAUGGAGCUGGCUCGGCAACAGCAGGAGCAGAUUACCAAGCAGCAGCAGCAGCUCAUUCAGCAGCAGCACAAGAUUAACCUGCUGCAGCAACAGAUCCAGCAGGUCAAUAUGCCCUAUGUCAUGAUUCCAGCCUUUCCUCCCAGCCACCAGCCUCUUCCUGUGACCCCAGACUCCCAGCUAGCGCUUCCCAUCCAGCCCAUCCCUUGCAAACCAGUGGAGUACCCCAUGCAGCUGCUGCACAGCCCUCCCCCUCCGACGCUGAAGAGACCCGCCGGCUCAGGCCACCUCCAGAUGCAGGAGUCUUCACAGCCACUGAACCUAACAGCCAAACCCAAAAGCUCUGAGCUUUCCAGUGCCUCCAGCUCACCCAGCCUGAAGAUGAGCAGCUGCCGAUCCCUCACUCCUAACCACGGGGUCACGAGAGACCUUCAGUCCAGCCCUCCCAGUCUGCCUCUGGGAUUUCUGGGAGAGGGGGACGCCAUCACUAAAGCGCUCCAGGAUGCACGGCAGCUCCUGCACUGCCACAGCGGGGCAGCGGAGAGCUCUCUCAAUAAUCCCUACCGGAAGGACCAAAUGGGCUUGGAUUCCUCGCCCACGAAGGAGCGGGUGGAGGAGACGUGCAUGCACAGACUGGACGAGUCCAUGUUAACCUGCGAUAUGGAUGGAUCACGACACUUCCCCGAGUCCAGGAAUAACAAUCACAUAAAGCGGCCCAUGAAUGCUUUCAUGGUGUGGGCCAAGGACGAGAGGCGGAAGAUUUUGCAGGCCUUCCCGGAUAUGCACAACUCCAGUAUCAGCAAGAUCUUGGGGUCCCGGUGGAAAUCGAUGACGAACCAAGAGAAGCAGCCAUAUUACGAGGAGCAGGCACGGCUGAGCCGGCAGCACCUGGAGAAGUAUCCUGACUACAAAUACAAGCCGCGGCCAAAGCGCACCUGCAUCGUGGAGGGGAAGCGGCUGCGUGUGGGCGAGUACAAGGCACUGAUGAGGAACAGACGGCAAGACACCAGGCAGGGCUACUUGAUAGCGCCCCAGAGCAGUCAGAUGCAAGCCUCUUCGUCGGAUGUCCUGUACCAGAGGCCGAUGGGCAUGCAGCUGGCUCCACCACUGGUGGAGCACUACCUGCCCCGCAGCAUGGACCCCAACAUGCCCGUCAUCGUCAACACACGCAGCCUCAAGUCGCAAGAGGGUGAUGGCGGGGAGGAUGGGCACUCGGUGGCGGAUGGCGAGAUGUACCGGUACAGCGAGGACGAGGACUCCGAGGGCGAGGACAAGAGCGAUGGGGAGCUGGUGGUGCUCACAGACUGAGCAAACUGCGGGGGCAGGGUGGGGCGCGCAUGUGUGAAGUGGGGAGCAGAAGCAGAUUUUGCAGCAUUUCCCCACGUGGGGCUGGAACUGAAGACCUGACUGAAUGGGGAGGAGGUGGGAAUGGGGGCUUAGGGAGAACUGCCAUCACAGCAUGGCUCCCUGAUCUAUGACUAGACUCGGGGUCGCUGGCGAACCCCUCUGCGUGCAGAGCUCUUUGCAGCAAGGCCGCCCUGGCCCCCCCCGAAUGGCCUGGCAUGCAGGGCUGUGCUGGAUGGAUAUAGUGGUGUGCAGGGGACAAUGGGAAGUGUGCGUGCCAACGCAUGUGGCAUGGGGGCAGCCCCUGGCUCAUUUGCACACCCAGAAGGAUGAGGUGCCAGCCCUACUGUGCAGUGCAUCUGCCCAAGCAGCCACGGAGAUGCUGCUUGGCAUGAGUGGGUCCUGGCCACCCAGCUGACACCUGGAUAUUUCCUUGUGGCACAGAGGUGGGAGGUGCCUGGCCCCUCAGCAUGGGGGCAGAGCAAUCUCAAGGCUUAGUGAAAGCCAGCUAAAGGAGAAGGGGAUGCAGAUCUAGGAUGGUGGGGCUGUGAACGUGGGGAGAGUGGGAAGCUACUGUUCAGCGGAUCCAGAAGCUGCCCCCUAUGGAAUCCAGCUUUCUCCCUCCAGAGGUUGCAGUGGCAUCGGUUACUGGCUCCCUCCUGUGCAGUCCUCUCACCAGCAUGAGUGACAGGAGGUUUAAAGACUGGCUUGCAGGAGAGGUGCUGCAUGGUUAGCUUGAUGUGGAGGAGCCCAACUCCCCUCGGCGGAGCCGUGUUGAGCACGGAGCUUUCCCCCACUCCCUCUUAUCCUUAGCCACCAAGGUCCACCCAGAAUCCCCCACUUCGGUGGGGAUGGGCGCCACUCCUCCCGGCUCCCUGCUGGCUAGGGAACAAACCCGCUUCAUGGAAGCCCCCUCUCUAGGACUGCAGAUCUAGGCCCGCUUGGGGCAUGGAGCAGUUGGUGGAGGGUCCCAAGUGAGCUACAAACAGACCAUAUGGGAAACGCCUGCCAAGACUCUCCUGCCGUUGAGCUAACAUGACGUGGGGAUGGGGAAAAAGGGUUGGAAAACGUAACCCACCCCAGUAUUACAAAUGUAUUUGCCUCUGGGCAGCCCUGGCUCUGCGGGGGUUAAAUAAGGAAAGACCCCAGCGGCUGGGCAGACCUUUGUCCCUUGUCUUUCCCCAGCCCCCCAUCCUGGCCCUGUUGUGCAGCCAGCUGAGGAGAAUCCUCACCUGUUCGGGAUCCUGCCAACUGCAGGGGCUGCAGCAGCAGCAACACAGUCGCCACCAUUCAGCAAGGCUCUCUGGGGCCUUUUCAUUUCUCCGAAACUAAUGUCUGGGUGGAACACUUGUUCCUCAUUCAGUCCGUGUGCCAGCCUGUCCUGCCCUCGCCCCCGCUCCUUCGCUCGGGACUGUCUUUCUCUCACGCCCCCCCUUGCUCGCUGAACCCUGCCAGUAAAUUCCCAUGGAGCCAUUUUUAGCUCUUGACUAGCAUGAGUAAGAGCCAAGGUCUCGGAGGAGCCUUUUAUCCCCCUGACAGCUCUGGCCCAGUUUGUAAAUAAAGCUGCUGCCCAUUUCCUUGCAGUGGCAUGGUGGGGCAUUCUGCUGCAGAGGGCUCAGCUCCCGGCAUGGGACAGGCACGGAGCCCCGGCCUGUCCUAGCGGCACUGCAUUGGCUACCGGUGCCUGUACCAGACGGGGACCCUUGGGUUGGGAUUCCCCUGCGGCUUUGCAAAUCCAUUUGAGCCAACAGACUUUGCCAGCCACUGUCGCAACCGAACGUGCCAGCUGUGCUCCCUUCACCUCCCCAAGCAAAUCCUCCUGAGUGGAGUGUGCGUGGUACAGGCUACGCCUCAGGGCUGGAAACCAGGUCCUAGCAUGGGACCCUGGCUCUCCCUGGUGGCAGGAGCUGAAACAGCAUCCAGAACAAGCCAGCUGCCCCCAGGCAGGGAGCUAGUCCUGGCUUGUGGGAAGGAGAGGUCCAUUCUGACAGCUAGGAUCCUCCUCACCUGCAGAUUCCUUUCCCUAGCAUGGCUCAGGCUGCAGUGGGAGUGAAGCCCCCCAGCAGCUCAGGUGGUUGCUAACAGCAAGAGCUGCUGGGCGUCCCCCUGGCCUGUGCUGGGGACGGCGGCGAGGGGAGGUGGUCCUCUGUGGGUGCUUAUCUUCUCCAUCCCCUCCCUGAUCUGGCCUUAGGGCUGCUGUGCAAAGACUCCCCCUCAGGUUGUCCAGAUCACGUUACUGGAGGGGGGUUUGCUUUGCGUACAAACCUCCGGACACUGGCGCCCCAGCUGGUGGCUGCUAGAGGAGUGCAGCCUGGGAGCUUGAUCGGGAACACGCGGCCGGUGGAGAAGAGCUGCCCCAGGUCACUUCGGUGUAACUGGUUGCCUGUAUGGCGCGACCACUGACCCAGGCAGGCCUGGGUUAAACGGGGUGAGUCCCUGAAUCUCCGGGGUAGGCAUGGCAGCAACUGGCUGAUCUGACUUUUUGGCUCGAUUCUGCAUCUAGUUUAAGAACUGUGCGCCAGAGCCUCAGCUGGUCGAAAUCAGCAUUGCUGUCCUGAAGCCGAUGGACUUCUGCUGAGUUACACCAGCUGAGGAUCUGGUCCUCUUUCUUCUUCUUUUCUCACCUGCUGCUGUCCAUAUUUCAACCGCUGUCACCUAUGCGCAGCACUUCCCUUGCGGCCUGGGGCGUGCGCCCCUUUUCUGGCUUGGUCUUGGUUCCUCGCAACCUCUAAUCUCAUGUGGUUUGUUUUGCUUGCUCCUGUGUCAGUGCAACAACUCCCAGGCAGGGGGCAUCCCCAGGCUGAGCAAGGUGUCUCCUUCCUAAAAGACUGCACAGGUCAGCAAUGCUGGGAGGAAGAGGGCUUCUCUAGAGCUCUGUCUAGUAAUGCUCUGUAUUGAUAUGGGGUCCCAGCACCCUGAGGUAGGUGCAGCACGGGUUGCUGCGUCAGAAAUUGGUGUGUGUGUAUGUGAGAGAGUGAAUAGUGGUCCCCAGAUUAGGGGCAAAAAUGGACUGUUGGGAACUGAGGGAACGUGUGUGCGCGUGUAGGCUGAACCUCAGGAUACCCUCAAAGGCCCGGUGGCAUAUCUGCCCUAACCCCUAUAGCCCCUUCAGCACCCACCCAGCCGGUGCUGGCUUUUCCAUGGCAGGGCUCCGCUCCUGUAAAGGUUCUUUUCUCUGUUAUUUAUUACCCCUGUCCCUCCUGUGGUGUCCUUGACAAGCCCCUGGGGACUAGGUUAGUGAGACUAGGGGGGAAGGGAUGGGAGGAAGGGGACUGUACAGGCAGGAAUGUGUUGGAAGUAGGAAUCACCCCCCGAUUUGUAAAUCUGCCCCGGGUGUGCCCAGGCGACCAGCUGUGUUUUUUUAUGACUGUAAAUAUAGAUAGAGCUUUAUUUUGUUUAUAAGACACCGAGUAACUUAACCUGUAUAUUUCACAUACUUGUUUACAACGGUGGGGUUUUUGUUUUUGUUUUUCCCCUCUUGGCACAAUAAAGAGGGUGUUUUGGAGCAGAGAUCUGGGCUCUUCUGCUUUGGGAAACAUCACAGUCGGGGAGAGGGACGCAGCUUCUCUUCCUCCGUGUCCUCCCCCCCCCCCAUUCUCCUUCACUUUCGUCCUUCCCGAUGCUUUUUCUUUCCUGCCGUGGCGUUGCUUGUCUCACUUUCAGCACUCUCUUCACUGCACCCUCCACCCCUUGUCUAGAUUGGUCGUCAGCACCAGGAUCAGCCCCACUACCUUUGGCUGUAAAAGCACCUGUCUCAACUCCCUGAGCUCCAUAGCUGACACUGCCUGGUAAAUAUCGACAUGAUCCGGGACAGAGAGACUCGUGGGUCAGCACAGGUGACAUCAUUGCAAAGUCCUGUCCUUGUCUGUCUCCUCCUAGCUAUUCCUACCUCUUGCCUGCCCACCUCAUUUUCCUUUUCUCCCCACCUGUCACCCUCGUAUCAAGCCUCUGGCUGCAGACUCACCGCAGGUCGCCGGCUGAGAAAUUGGUGUCCUGCUGCCCACUUGGGUGGCAGUGGGUUUCCGAGGGUGCCCUUGUGCUGAUGAAUCUGAGAGGGGUCUGCUCCAAAUGUCACCAGCUUGCCCAGCAUCUGGAUGCGAUGGCCCUAUCCAGGGAGCUUCUGUCCCUUGCAGCAGCUGCCUGAUGCGGUGGAGCCAAGGAACCCUAAACAUUUUGUGCUGUGGCCCCCUUCAGAAAUUCAUGUUGCUGCUCACCCAGAGGUUAUUAAUAAACGGAAUCGGUCCUCACACUCUGCCCACACCAGGGCGUGCCCCACAGUUUGAAACCCAGGGCUGAGUGUGCAAGCCAUACGUUAUCACCCCCUGCCCUCUAGUGGCAGUGGGGGGAACUGCUGCAGUUUAUUAAAUUUCACUUGUUUCUACGUGUGUGUGUGUGUGUGUGUGUGUGUGUGUGUGACUGGAACACAAGCUGGGUCUGAAAAAUGAAAGUGAAUGAUAAGGAGGGGUGUCUGGGGGGGGGGGAAGCGUUACCCAGUGUUUAAUUCCCUUGGGCACAGGGGCUUGUGUUUCUCUUGGUUUUUACAUCACACCAUUGGCAAUUAAUGCAGCUGCUUCUCAGCCUGAUUUCUUUAGAAGUCUUUCUUGGGGGUUGAGAGAGCAGGGACUGGUCUCCUGUCGGAUUCGAGAGCUGAACAGAAGUCGGUGUGGAAUAACAGUGAGGAAAGGGGGUGGUCACAGAGUCCCUGGCAAGGAGGGAGAGAAUGCAGGACCCUGGUAUAGGGAGAAGGGGGAAUGGGGUCCCACAUAAUCCCGGGCAAGGAAGGGAACCCUGGUAUGGGAGAAAGGGGGUGCAGGGGCACACACAGCCCCUGACUUGGCUGGGAGCUUGAUGGGGAAGCACAAAGCCUCUGGUAUGAGGGAGAAUGGAGGGGUCUGGCAUGGGUGAAGAGGCCAUGGAGGCAUGAAGAACCUCUGCUAGGGCUAGGGUGACCAGAUGUCCCGAUUUUAUAGGGACAGUCCUGAUUUUUGAGUCAUUUUCUUAUAUAGGC